CUUUGAUGAAUGCUGGCGACUGAAAGCUUUCUGUACCCGUUCAAGACAUAGUACGAGAGUCGUCAGUCGACAGGUCAAAGAUGCAGAACGUCGUGAGCGCUCAGAGCUCUCUGAUAGCAGCUAACGGCUCGCCUGUUGUUGGGGCAGGGCCCGUGCCCUCUUCUGCAUCAGGUCAUGGUCAAGAAGACCAUAUCUCGAUCUUAUGUCGAGGUGCCAUAUAUCGGGAAGGCGACCAUGGCAGUGAUACGAUACCUGACAAUGAAACUGUUCUGGACGUCGUCGACUUCUCGCUGGAAAAUACCCUCGGCGACAGCAUCACCCAUUAUGCUGUAUCGUGUAGUCUUUUGGAGCCCCGCCAUUGUCCUCCGGAGAACGCGAGACCUCUAGGUGUCGAUGACCCCGGCGGCACAGACUGGUCGUGGACCGGGAUCUUCCAACGAGGACCAAAAAGGAAGCAAGUCAGUGGCUAAUGUAGUGCCGUUGCGGGCAAACUGGCAACGCUAUCCGUCAUGAGAGCUGCGGUGCAUGUGGUUGCCCGCGCUGCGCGUAUUGCCCGGUCGCGAAAAUCAGGAUUUGAGGUCAACAACGUAUCUUUACUUGUCGUCGCUAGUCCGCUCUCCUGCUUGAGACCUGACUUCUUUCAUGC